AUGAGUGCUGCCUUCGCAAGGAGUGCUGCCUUCGCAAGGAGUGCUGCCUUCGCAAGGAGUGCUGCCUUCGCAACGAGGGCUGCCUUUGCAGGGAGUGCUGCCUUCGCAAGGGGUGGUGCCUUCGCAAGGAGUGCUGCCUUUGCAAGGAGUGCUGCCUUUGCAAGGAGUGCUGCCUUCAGUGCUGCCUUCGCAAGGAGUGCUGCCUUCGCAAGGAGUGCUGCCUUCGCAAGGAGUGCUGCCUUCGCAAGGAGUGCAGCCUUCGCAAGGAGUGCUGCCUUCGCAAGGAGUGCUGCCUUCGCAAGGAGUGCUGCCUUCCCAAGGAGUGCUGCCUUAGGACGGAGUGCUGCCUUCGCUAGGUGUGCUGCCUUCGUACAGAGUGCAGCCUUCGCAAGGAGUGCUGCCUUCGCAAGAAGUGCUGCCUUUGCACAGAUUGCUGCCUUCGCACGGAGUGCAGCAUACGCACAGAGUGCUGCCUUCGCAAGAGGUGCUGCCUUCGCAGGGAGUGCUGCCUUCGCAUGGGGUGGUGCCUUCGCAAGGAGUGCUGCCUUCGCAGGGAGUGCUGCCUUCACAGGGAGUGCUGCCUUUGCAAGGAGUGUUGCCUUCGCAAGGAGUGCUGCGUUCACUACGAGUGCUGCCUUCGCAAGGAGUGCUGCCUUCGCAAGGAGUGUUGCCUUCGCAAGUAGUACUGCCUCCGCAAGGAGUGCUGCCUUCACAAGGAGUGCUGCCUUCCAAGGAGUGCUGCCUUCGCUACAAGUGCUGCCUUCGCACGGAGGGCUGCCUUCGCAAGCAGGGCUCCCUUCACAGGGAGUGCUGCUUCGCAAGGGGAGUGCUGCAUUUGCAAGGAGUGCUGCCUUUGCAAGGAGUGCUGCCUUCGCUAGGAGUGCUGCCUUCGCAGGGAAUGCUGCCUACGCAGGGAGUGCUGCCUUCAAAGGAGAGCUGCCUUCGCAAGGAGUGCUGCUCUCGCUAGGAGUGCUGCCUUCCAAGGAGUGCUGCCUUCGCAAGGAGUGCUGCCUUCGCAAGGAGUGCUGCCUUCGGAGUGCUGCCUUCGCAAGGAGUGCAGCCUUUGCACAGAGUGCUGAGUUCGCAGCGAGAGCUGCCUUUGCAGGGAGAGUUGCCUUCGCAGGGAGUGCUGCCUUUGCAUGGAGUGCUGCCUUUGCAAGGAGUGCUGUCUUCGCACAGAGUGCUGCCUUCGCACAGAGUGCUGCCUUCGCAGGGACUGCUGCCUUAACAAGGAGUGCUGCCUUCGCAAGGAGUGCUGCCUUCGCAAGGAGUGCUGCCUUCGCACAGAGUGCUGCCUUCGCACGGAGGACUGCUGCCUUCGCAAAGAGUGCUGCCUUCGCAAGGAGUGCUGCCUUCACAAGGAGUGCUGCCUUCGCAAGGAGUGCUGCCUUCGCAAGGAGUGCUGCCUUUGCACGGAGUGCUGCCUUUGCAGAGGGUGCUGCCUUCGCAAGGAGUUCCGCCUUCACAAGGAGUGCUGCCUUCGCUAUGAGUGCUCCCUUCGCUAGGAGUGCUGCCUUCGCUAGUAGUGCUGCCUUCGCAAGGGAUUGUGCCUACGCACGUAGAGCUUUCUUUGCACGGAGAGCUGACUUUGCAAGGAGUGCUGCCUUCGCACGGAGAGCAGCCUUCACACGUUGUGCUGCCCUCGCACGGAGUGCUGCCUUCGCAAGGAGUGCUGCCUUCGCAAGGAGUGCUGCCUUUGCACGGAGUGCUGCCUUCGCAUGGAGUGCUGCGUUUGCACAGAGUACUGCCUUCGCAAGGAGUAGUGCCUACGCACGGAGUGCUGCCUUUGCGCUGAGUGCUGCUUUGCAAGGAGGGUUGCCUUCGCAAGGAGUGCUGCCUUCACAAGGAGUGCUGCCUUCACAGGGAGUGCUGCCUUCGCAAGGAGUGCUGCCUUCGCAAGGAGUGCUGCCUUCGCAAGGAGUGCUGCCUUCGCAAGGAGUGCUGUCUUCGCACAGAGUGCUGCCUUCGCACGGAGUAGUGGUUCGCACAGAGUGCAACUUCGCACAGAGUGCUGACUUUGCAGGGACUGCUGCCUUCGCAAAGAGUGCUGCCUUCGCAAGGAGUGCUGCCUUCACAAGGAGUGCUGCCUUCGCAAGGAGUGCUGCCUUCGCAAGGAGUGCUGCCUUUGCACGGAGUGCUGCCUUCGCAUGGAGUGCUGUGUUUGCACAGAGUACUGCCUUCGCAAGGAGUAGUGCCUACGCACGGAGUGCUGCCUUUGCGCUGAGUGCUGCUUUGCAAGGAGGGUUGCCUUCGCAAGGAGUGCUGCCUUCACAAGGAGUGCUGCCUUCACAGGGAGUGCUGCCUUCGCAAGGAGUGCUGCCUUCGCAAGGAGUGCUGCCUUCGUAA